CCAGUGAGUGGUUGUGAAGAGCUUGAAAACAAUCAUUUCAUUCACCGGCGAAGCCGUUGGGAUAAGGCAGAGAGAGAAAAGUGCUUCCAACUUGCAAUGGCUACUCUGCAAUUCACAUUCACUGAUUCAACCUCCUUCUUCAGACCUUCUCUUCCCUACAAGUCUCUCUCUCUCACUCGAAAUCGAACCUUCCUUGUAAAAGCUUCUUCUCUUCCCCACUUAUCCAGAAGCAGAAGAAGUUUCAUCGCCGAAACCACCGCUAUUUCGCUCUCUCUCCCUCAGUUAGCAAGGUCCGAGGAAUCGCUUUCAGAGUGGGAACGAGUUUACCUCCCUAUCGACCCUGGCGUCGUGCUUCUCGACAUCGCUUUUGUCCCCGACGACCCCAACCACGGCUUUCUUCUUGGAACGAGGCAAACCAUUCUGGAGACAAAAGAUGGAGGAAACACUUGGGCUCCGCGUUCAAUUCCCUCUGCUGAAGACGAAGAUUUCAACUAUAGGUUCAAUUCUAUCAGCUUCAAAGGCAAGGAAGGAUGGAUUGUUGGAAAGCCUGCGAUUCUUUUGUACACUGCUGAUGCUGGAGAAAGUUGGGAAAGGAUGCCUCUCAGUGCUCAACUUCCAGGGGAUAUGGUAUACAUAAAGGCAACCGGUGAGAAGAGUGCAGAGAUGGUGACUGAUGAAGGUGCAAUUUAUGUUACUGCAAACAGAGGCUACAAUUGGAGGGCUGCUGUCCAGGAAACUGUGUCAGCUACUCUUAAUAGAACAGUUUCUAGUGGUAUUAGUGGUGCUAGCUACUACACUGGAACUUUCAAUACUGUCAAUCGUUCUCCAGACGGAAGGUAUGUUGCUGUCUCGAGUCGUGGCAAUUUCUACUUAACCUGGGAGCCUGGUCAGCCAUUCUGGCAGCCACAUAAUAGAGCAGUUGCCAGAAGAAUCCAGAACAUGGGAUGGAGAGCUGAUGGUGGUCUGUGGCUUCUUGUUCGUGGAGGUGGCCUUUAUCUCAGCAAGGGCACAGGGAUAACUGAAGAAUUUGAGGAGGUUCCUGUUCAAAGCCGGGGUUUUGGCAUUCUUGAUGUGGGGUAUCGUUCAACUGACGAGGCUUGGGCAGCAGGCGGAAGUGGUAUUCUCUUGAGAACUACUAAUGGUGGAAAGUCAUGGAUCCGGGACAAAGCUGCUGACAGCAUUGCUGCAAAUUUAUACUCAGUGAAGUUUAUUGAUGAUAAAAAGGGAUUUGUGUUGGGGAAUGAUGGAGUCUUGCUUCGCUACCUUGGAUAGAGUUGAUUUUCAACAUGGUUUGUCGACUCGAUUGCAAUUUUGUAGCAGAUUACAUAUCCAUGCUUAGCAUUCAUCACUGUCGAGAGAGCUCUGGGUCAAAUCGACUCCUUGCAGUUAUGCCCAAAAAUGUGGAGAUCUAGAAACAGUCUUUACAACUACUGUAAAGAGAGCUAUAUUAUGUCAAUGUAACAUUGUAAUUGCCAUGUUACUAUAUAUUAAAAAUUCAAUUUUAUGCUGCAUAUGUUGUACUGCAGAAGCAGAAUACAGUUUCAAUAACUUUUAUAGAUUAUAUAAGACACAUUUGAAUACAUAAUUAUAUGUUAUGAGAACAUGGUGAGGGAGGAGCGCGGAGUCUUGUGUAAGACCCCAUGCUUAAACUUAUUUGAUAAUUUUUUAUCG